CCUGGUGCGUCACUCAUGGCUCAAAUGGGAAGGCUGAGAUGCAUGCAGAGCUAUAAAAAAAGCACUUCAGCCAGCAAGAUGGGUCGCCGACCCGCAAGAUGUUAUCGCUACUGCAAGAACAAGCCGUACCCCAAGUCGCGGUUCUGUCGUGGUGUCCCCGACCCGAAGAUCCGCAUCUUUGACUUGGGCCGCAAGAAGGCGCGGGUGGACGAGUUCCCGCUCUGCAUCCACCUCAUCUCGAAGGAGUUCGAGCAGAUCUCGUCCGAAGCGCUGGAGGCCGGCCGCAUCUGCGCCAACAAGUACCUCGUCAAGACCUGCGGCAAGGACGCUUUCCACCUCCGGAUGAGACUCCACCCCUUCCACGUCAUCCGAAUCAACAAAAUGUUGUCGUGUGCUGGUGCUGAUAGGCUGCAGACGGGGAUGCGUGGUGCCUUUGGCAAGCCUCAGGGCACUGUCGCUAGGGUGCACAUCGGCCAGAAGAUCAUGUCGGUGCGCGCUAAGGAGCAGCACAAGGAGAACGUCAUCGAAGCGCUGCGUCGUGCCAAGUUCAAGUUCCCCGGCCGCCAGAAGGUGCACGUCUCCAAGAAGUGGGGCUUCACCAAGUGGGACGCCGAGGAGUAUGAGGAGAUGCGUGCCGACGGCAGGCUGAAGCCAGACGGCUGCUAUUGCCACUAUCGUGGUGGCCACGGUCCCCUCAACAACUGGAUGAAGAUCCAGAGGGAGCUGCGCGGCCUCGAAUAGGCACUGCCCACGACUGAGACAAUAAACGGCACAACCUUGUCUUGCA